AUGGAGGAGUCACUUGACGACAGUGGGCCGCUAAUGAGUUUAGAAGACUUCCAGUUUGAUGAUAGUGAUGAUUUAGAUGCUUCUUUCAGCAAUUUGUCAAUAGCAGGUGAGUGCUUUUUAUUUAAUAAAUAUAGUCAUUGUGAUAGUAUUCAAAUUAGUUUCUACAAUUUAUGCUAUAAAACGUAAAUAUAAUAAGUAUCUGUCAGAGUGAACGUAUAUUCAUAUCCUCAGAUGAUGAACCAAGAGCGAGUACACCGAAUACCGACCUUUUCCCGAAUCAAAUUGCAUCUCCAACAGAUAGUCCCAUUGGAGGAAAGCAUCAUUUGACUCCUUCCUCAAAAGAAGGUGGGAUGCCAAAACCAAAGCGAUUUGCAAUAGGUAAGUUAGAUUAUAAGUUCAUUGUAGGUAUUGUAAAGCCUUUACUUUUAUAUAAAGAUGCAGUACAAUCUGUAUGUAAACAAUGGCUUUGUUUACAUUUCGGUAUCCAAAAUAUUGAAUUUUAUUCGACAACUAUUCAUUAUAUUUUCAUGAUUCUAGACUAUAAUAAAUUAUGAAGACACAACAAUCAAGCUUUGCAAGAACAUAAAAUGAAAUAAAAACCUAAAUAAAGAGGGCUCCUUUGUGCACAUGGGGCAGAUCGGACUGUACCACAUCUUUAAACCUAUGAAGUAACCUCUUCUGAAAAUUCAUAGUUUUUGGUUGAAAACUAGAAUUAAAUAUAUAAAUAUAUACUAGAAGUAAAUAUACUAGAAUUACAAAUUGUAAGUGAAUAUAUUAUAUAUAGGGUCAACUUUAACCCACUGAGUCGCAUUGCACCCUGAUGCACUCUGUCUAACGCCAGAUGAUUUUACACGUCAAGGGGAGAGCGCUGGCACUUAAUGGGUUAACUGGCCUAUCUGCCCAUGUGUCUAGUUAACCCAUUGAGUCGCAUUGCACCCUGAUGCACCCUACUUUAGUAUUUUACUCUGUCUAAUGCCAGACGAAUUUACUCGUCAAGGGGAGAGCGCUGGCGCUUAAUGGGUUAAUAAUAUAACCAUUUAAUAAUUGGUUAUAAACAUGACUGAUGACUAUUUUAUAGUAAUCCUAUAUAAAAUUUCUAUACAGGAGGAAAACCAAGUGGAAGAGAAGUUGCAGAACGGAAGGCAAACCUGGAAUUGCUUCUAAAGAAGGGGUUCAUAUUGCAAGAAGGGCAAGAAUUGAGUAUUGACUGUGUGGCAGCAUAUGUUGGUUUCGAGCGAGGAAAGACAUUUCGCUUGACUCUUGCUGUGAAAAAUGCUUUCCCAGGUGUUUAUAUGAAAAGGGUCAACAAGGAUGGAAAUAAACAGUAUCCUUACAUUGCUUCUAUUUCUGCCUCAUAUAAUUAUAUAUUUCUGAUGUUUUAAUAUGUAUGUCACCUCAUCAUAUUAAGAGGUUGAUAUUAAUUAAGGUCAUUUGGGAGAAAUUAGAUUAGAAAAAUUUUAUUUUUUCAAAGAGAGUGCAAUUACUCAUUCGGUUAUGUAUGCAUGGAUGGUCAUUAAUUAAAUGUAUAUCCAACUAUACUGACACUGAUAUUUUACAUUACUCAGUGUUAUUUCAUUCUUUGAUCAUGAACACAUUACGGUUGGGCAGAAUACAAUGGCAUUUUAUGAAAUUUUUUUUAUGUAUUUCCUUUAACUGUGUUUAUAACAUAUUAUGUUAACUUGGCACGGAAAUUCACAACAUCUGAAUUUUUAUCUCACGAUGGUCGUGGUUAUUUAAAUGGUAAUUUUUUUAUAUUUCUUUUUUUUAUAUAUAUUUCUGCAAUGUUUUAAGUUCCUCUAUUAUUGGUAUGUGGGGAAGUUUAUAAUUAUACACUUUGGUUGUAUGUAAAUUGGUACUCAGUUGAACAGAGCUGCUAUACGGUGUAUGAAUGUAACAUAUAUUAUGAGUAAUACCAUGCAUUUCAACACAAAAAAACCUGAUUUGACACCCACCCUCUCCAAAUUUCUUUAUAUUUUGCAGGCAGUUAACAUUAUGUGGGAAUAGUUUAAAUCCAAAAUUUGAGCAUCAUAGCUCAAUAAUCUUAUUGUGCAACUUUUGAAAUAUCCACAUACAAAUACAUCCUUGCGCAGAUUUUUAUUGGUAUACCAUAUACGGAUAUCAGAAAUUACAAGUCAAAAUGUUUGGGUUUUUUUAAUUGUGAUAUAUCUAAAAAAUUAUUGCAGCUAUGAUGCUCAAAUUUGAACUUAAACUUUUCCCACACAAUGUAACUGCCUGCAAAAUAUAAAGAAAUUUGUAGAGGGUGGGUGUCAUGCCUGUUUUGAAAUGGCAUGAAAUUACCCUUAAGGCCCAUCUACACGAUACGACUAGUCGAAUACGAUUCUUAUUCUGGCGUAUGAAAACGAUUGCUGAUGCCACUAUUCCUGUUCAUCAGUUUAUGGCGAAGUUUGAAAUGUGACAUCUUUACAUGCAUUUAUUCGAGUACAUAUGCCAGGAUAAGGAUCGUAUACGACUAGUCGUAUUGUGUAGAUGGGCCUUCGGAGGUUUUACGUAAUAUUUCAAAUCCGACUAUGAGGACUGGACUAGAUUUAAAGUCCAAGCAAUUUGAUCACGUCCGAGGCGAAGCCAAGGAUUGGAUCAAAAUGUGAGGACUUGAAAUCUAGUCCAUCCGAAUUGGAAGAUUUGAAAUGACAUUUCAUACGAAUAAAUCACUAUUUAAUUCAUUUUGAUCCAGUCGAAGGACUGACUUAAUUUUGAUCCAGUCCUAGGACUGGAUCAAUGUACUUAAUCAGGUAUCCAGUAUUAUCAUUUGAGCAAAAUAAAGCAAUAUGGUUAGCUAAUUUACUCAUGAAUUAUUAAUGAGUUUGAGAUAUAACUAUGAAAUCAAUAUAGAUAAAUGGCAUAUACUUUGUGAAGUGAAACCUGCAAAUUUAUGGGUUAAUUACCUUCUAGUUUCCCAAGUAGAUUUGACUCAUAUCCUGCUUAGUUUUUAGUAAAUAAUAUACCUAUUCUUGGUAUAAUAAGGCCAGGAAAUCAACAAUUUUACUUUGUACUGUGUAUUAACAGAUGAGAUGAUUAACCUCUUACGAAAUGUGCAAGCCUCUGAGGAAAUUCUCAAACAAAUUUGGUCGACAAUUGUAUCAACUAACAAUGACGGAGGCGAUGUCUCAACAAUGCUCAUGGACUAUACACGUGAGAAUCAGAAAAGAGAAAAUCACAUGAGUAUACUUAUAAAAUUGUAUGAAACCGAAAUUAUAAGAUUAAAUUCUGAGGAUACAAAGAACCACUUAUCUACACAACAGAAGUUAACCAUUAAAGAAGAAAUGAAAGUACUUGAGUGUGUCUGUGACAAGAAUAUACGCAGUACUGGCAAUUCGUCACUUCAUUCUCUAGAAAACAUAAGUCCAUCAAUAUUUAUGGAAAUUCUGGAAGAGAUUAAUGGAAAAUGCCCUAUGGUCCAUGAUAUGAUAGAAGCCCUGGUUAUAUCAAACAAAGUUAAUCGAAAUAUCCUGAAAACUAAUGCUCAUAAAAUGGUUUGUGGAUUGCAAACUCUUGGCUUUAUUAGCAACAUAAGGAGCUCAAAAACAAGAAAUUGCUUUCCGCUAAUGUUUGGCCUGCUUUGUAUAUCCUAUGGUGCUGGCAAGCAAUUUGUUGACAUGCUGCAAUCAAUGGGGCUCUCAUUACAUUGGGAUACUAUGUAAGUAAACUAUAUAAAAUCAUAAUCACAUUGGAUCUGUUCUUAAUUUUUCUGAGCAUUUAAAUCUAAAAAUUAUCUCCAAAUCCGGGCCAUUGCCUCAUUCGUAUGGAUGGCCGGAUAUCUAACAUGUUGUUUAGCAAAAAAAUCGAGCUCAAAAGUAUUUAUAGGUACUUCAUUCAACUGAAUAAUUUAAUUGUCCUUGAAACUACAUCCAAAGUUGUUUUUUGUACGUACAAAUAUAUAUUAUCUAAAAGCAAUGCAUGUAGUGUUUGUAGCAUGUUUGUAUUCUUAGGGUGGUAUAGCUAGAAAUUUGAGGCAGUAACCAUUUGUUCUAAUUGGAAAAAAUUGAUUUGAAAAUUGUCAUGCAGGCACCCUUAGUAGACUUACAAAACCUGGGGGGAGUGGAGAAUUUUUUGACAUUUGCUUGUCUAUAUUGAUAGUGUUUUCAUAUUUUAAUUAUAGCAUGUCUUACUUGGACAAGAGGUUGAGCCAAUUUCAAGAUCUGAUAGAUGAAUGUGCCCCAGUAUCCAAACCAGUAAUUUUACUGCUGGAUAACAUCAAUUUAUACCACGGAAAUAGAAGACAUCAUCGCCUUUUCAAAACCCUGGGGCAAAAUAUGUGGAAUUUUACUGUUCGUGGUUUGCUGAUUCCUGAUUUGUCUGGAAUUGAAAACUUGUUUGCAAGCAAAGAAACAGCAGAGGAACAGCAGCGCCCUAGCGAUGGCCUAACUGCUGAUGACACUUUCAUAGGUGAGUAAGGUGGUUUUGUCUCUUUCAUGGAUAUCAAUGUGUGUGAGCAUGCCACUAUUGUAUUGUGGUAAACAGCAUAUAUAACCAUUGAGGAAAUAAAUUAACUCGCAUAUAUCUCGUAAAAAAGCGUGAGCUGUUUCCAUCGCCUUGUACCAUGCAAUCCAACUCGGUCUAAUCGUGAUUCGAGUGCCAGACGUUGAUUUUUUGUUUCAAAUGUCUCUAAACUAAAACCAAAUAUGGUAAUUUUAAAACCCGUUCAAACGAUGAUGUUGCACAAUGUUGGAUGAAAGCUUUAAACAAAGUCAAACCCGAUCCAACAUUGCCCAACAUAGUGUUCAAACAAGGCCAACAAUGUUGCAUCCAACAACGACUGUUGGAUGAUAUUGGGUCAACAAGUUGGCUUUUAAAGUUUGUUCGUUCAGGGCAACCAGGGGCCGGUUGUAUAAAAACGUAGUUACCGCUAACUGCAGUUAAAAAGUAGUUAAAAAACCUUCAAAAAUAGUUAACUUUAAUCAUGUAGUUACGCCGGUUGUAUAAAAGUGUAGUUAGCCUUAAUAAACUGCAGUUAAAAAGUAGUUAAAGUUAACUAUGCUUUAGGGUAUAGUUAACUGUCCAAAACGUAGUUAAAAAUGGCGUUUGUAUAGGAGUGAACAACAUUUUGUCAGUAAAACAAUAAUGGACAGCAACGCUUACCUGAGAUUUUCAAUCGCUAUCUUCCCUGUGAAUGUUUCCUGACAACAUAAACUCUUCAAACGCUAUCGCUUUGGUCUUUUACGAAAACAGAACAUAUUUUUGCACAGGACGAUUUCUCGAAGACGAAGUAUGGUCCAUUACACCAUGGAUAAUAAAAUAAAUUUUAUUAUCCAUGAUUACACCAAGAAACACUGAUAUAUAAUUGCCAAACAGCUAGACCUUGGUUUAACGUAGACAUCUCAAGGAAAAACUGCAUUCUUUUAUGAUUUUUGUGGCGGUUUUUCCUUGUUUUCUUGUUUAUUUUUCACUGUUUUCUAGUGUUUUCAAUAAAAUUCCCGCCUAUUUGCAAAAUGCGAGUCCACAAUCAUGAUGAAAAUGUGUGUCAGCGGUCGUUACUCGCUGCUUACUUUAUGUAAUUUUGGGUUUAAACGCCCCACGCAAGCCCCACGCACAGUUAACUACGUGAUUAGUUAACUAUCCGACUAACUACGUUUUGUGCAACGCAGUUAAGUCAUGUAGUUAACUAAUUACAGUUAAGGAUUUAACUACAGUGAUUAACGCUAACUACAGUUAGCGUUAAUUACGUUUUUAUACAACCGGCCCCAGAGGUAUAUCAAUCAUGUUUCGCUCGCAAUCAUUGAGAAGACGUUUUGGGUAAUCGUUUUCCCCUAAAACAUCUAGUACAUAUUCACGUUCAUUAGCUUGAGAAUCACUGUUUGACGGUAAGGAUUGCCGUCAUCGAGCCUAUAUGCUUAAUAAUGCUUAAUUCAAUUCUAAAUUAAAGUGUUCCUAAAUUAUCUAUCAAAAUAAUCAAAAUUUAUGGGGUUUUACGUAGAAAAUAUGCAUUUUUUUAAUUAAACGUGUAGCAAUGCAAUAUAAAUACAAAUGUUAAUAUUAAUUUAUAGAAACACAUCCUGAGCACUUGCAAGUUUGGAAAGAAUUUCAAGACAACUUUCUCCUGCAAGCCCUUAAUACUUCUUUAAACUGCAUUCCAAAUCCUACCAAGUUUUACGGCAUGAACGAGAAAGAGUUUGACCUGUGGUUGAAGAAUCAGGAUUUCUCAACAAACGAGAAACAAACCUUUGACAUUAAAAUGCCAAAGGGAAGCGUACAACUCGAUCCACACUGCUCUAAGUCAGAAACAUUAAUCCUUCCACUCUCUCUUGAGAAUAACGCGACUACUACUGGAACUGCAGCCAUAAUUGAGCAGUUUGGAAAGGAAUUUGAUGUGCCAUGUGAUCAUGCUAAGGAGUACAUGCCAUAUGAUGAUAACAGUAAGACCUUUGAUAUUGCAGCUGCGCGAAGUCAUCACCAAUUUCUUGCAUCGUUGAGGGAGCAUAAGAAGGAGAUGGCGGACACUGUGCGUCAGUUGAAAGACGUUGAAAAGGUUUUUGAACCUGUUCCGGAUGAUUCAGACACGGAAUUAUCUGCAGGAAAUGCGUCUUCCAACCAACAAAAGGUUGAUGCGAAGUUCAAACAGGUGUAUGACAAUAUCGUGAAGAAAAUGUGGGAGGCACAUCAAUCAAAUGAUCCUGAGGAGUUUAUUGGUUGGUUAGGUUCGCAUGUAGACGAUUGGAAACAUGUUACAGACCAUCAUAAACGAACACUUCUUCAUGCAGCUGUUGAACAGGAGAAUAUGCCAUUAGUCAAAACCCUAAUUUCAACGGGAGUAGACAUAAAUGCGAAGGAAAUGUGUGGUGCAACACCACUCACCAUUGCUGUCAUAAAGAGGAACGAGGAAAUAAGUUGUUAUCUCUUGGAAAACUUUGCUAUAUUUGACAAUCGAUUUUUCAAUACCAUUCCUAACCCUCGAGAUAUGGCAGCAAAAAUGGAAAUGGAAGUCUUAAGUAUAAUGGAUAAUAUUUCAAAACAGGAUAUGGCCACUGAUGUGGACAUAUGGCAAAAUAUUGAGAUGUCAGAGAAAAAAGAAAAGGAUAUACCCAUGAAUGAAGUUCAAGAUCCAACUACAAAUGAGGAAGCAUACACAUAUUCAAGGAAAAACGACUCGUGUGUGACAUUGUUUGUCGGCGAUCAAGGCACCAACAAGGUUAUGCGUGGUGUAAGAGGACGGUCGGAGACAGCAUAUGGUUGGUGUUCAGAAGUCCCUGGUGAUUUGCAUGCCAAAGGCUACCUUUACGAAGUAUGCAAGAAAGUUAUGGCACCUGGUGGAUUCAUGCAUAUUUUGCAAAAGGUCCUCUCAAGAUACAAAGUAAAUGCGGAAAGUUUUGGUAAGAGGAAAUUCCAAGAUCAAAACCUGAAAAGAAUCGAGGAAGCUGUGCGUGAUACAGGAGCUGCUUUUGGAAUAGCUGCUGCCUUGGAAUUCAAACAGUCUGCUUCAUUCCCCAACGAAGAUGAACUAAGACAUUGUAAGCGGACAACUGGGUACCAUGAUGCAAUCCUACUGUCUAAAUUCAAGGAGUGGAUAAAUACAAGUUGUGAGGACUUGACAUUCAAGUAUUAUUCACAGAUGAUAACACUGUUUGGUCCUUUACAGCAAAUGUUUACCAACGCUGUUAAGUAUGGAAAUGGUGUUGCUAGGGAAGCCUCGUGGAUGUUAAUGCAUCCCCUUUUCGCCCAGUCGAACAAGCGAAAUUAUCACACAGAGGCAAUGGUCCACAUAUUAAACUUUGUAGCAUUUUGGCCUCUUGGCACAAGAAAACUUCUCAGAAAUAACUGUUCAGUUAGCUUGAAUGGUAAGGUUGGACAUAACAUCGCUUUGGAUGAGUGGGUAGAAAGCUGUAUAGUGCAACCAAUGAAAAACUAUUCAACAGGUCAGUCUAUUUAAUUUUAUUAUCAUCCGAUCUAGUCCCAGAUGAGCCAACUUGAUCUACAGUAUUGAUUUUAAAAGUAACGAGAAAUUCGGUUACUCGCAUUACGCAUCAACGGUUACUCGCAUUAAAUUCUUCGUUUGCCAUUGUAAGGUUACAAUAUAUUGAAAAUUGUAGUCUUAUAAGGAUACGUUUUAUAUAAGGUUACAUUAUAUUGAAAAUAAUAGUCUUAAUAGGAUGCGUUUAAUAUUGCGAUUUGUAGUGUUACUACACUACAGUGUUGACGCUACAAUUCCUCUCCAUUUAGUUUAUUACCCACUUAUGGCAAUUAGAAAAUAGUGAAAACUCAAACAGACUUUUGCCUUCUAUAGGUCAUACUACUGUCAAGAUGUUGCAGCGGCUAAUGGCUAAUAUCGACAUCAUUGGUAAAACAAGGGAAGCAUUUAAGUCCAGAGAUGCAUUCAAUGUUCAUUGCACAACAAAACACUGUGAGCAAGAUCCCAUCCCGGAUCAGCUAAAGGCAGCUAAUUUUAUUCUGAGGAGCAGAUUUCUUCAGCCAAUUCCUGAAAGGAAAUCUGUUGUAAAGUUUAAAGAUCCAAAGAUGGCAUCAAUAUCUAGCACCAAUAUAGAUGCCUAUCACACUGGGAAGAAAAAGGUUGUUGAGAAUUUUGACCGAAAACUAUUUUCACUUUUUGGAAUAAUGAAUGGGAAGAGGUUGAAUGCACAGGAGGGACAAAAUUCAGAAAGUGAUUCAGAUUAA